CUCUCAAAUACUAUCACAUAAAUUUUACACAUAAAUCCGCGAAGGAAUAACAUAAAAUUAAUUAAAUACACGAUUAUCCUAUAAGAAUUGAGUGAUUAUUACCAUUAAUUAAGUGAUGGCUGAAGAAAAGUUGUCUAAAAAGUAAGGAAAUGAGGAAAAUUAUAUGAUCGUGAAAAGUAAAACGUGUAAAAUUGCAAAAGUGGAAUUUUAUACUAUAAUUAAUAUUUAUUAAACCAAGAUGUAUACAAUUUUCCACACAAUCCGUAAAGCUACACCACUUUUAAGACAUUACGAGAAUUAUCAGCAAUUGAGAAACAUUAGAAUAGUAGCUACUGGAUUAUGUGGGAAAAGUGAGUUGAAGCGUCGUAUGAAGGCUGCACAAAAGGAGAAGGAAAAGUCCGAAAAAGAUGCACAAAAGGCAGCGACCGUAACAGCUGAUGAUCAGUCAAAUACCAAAAAGGAGAAUAAGAUUGAUGAAUCUGAGAUUUCACCAAAUGAAUAUUUUAAGCUGAGAUCAGCGGCAGUUAAUGAAUUAAAGAAAUCUGAUGUUAAUCAUCCAUAUCCACACAAGUUUCAUGUAUCAUCGUCACUUGAAGAUUUCAUUUCAAAAUACAAUUCAUUAAAGGAUGGAGAAAUGCUUGAAAAUGAAAGCCUUAGUGUUGCUGGUCGUGUUCAUGCAAUCAGAGAAUCGGGUGCUAAAUUGAUAUUUUAUGAUGUUCGUGGGGAGGGUGUUAAAAUCCAAGUUAUGGCUAAUGCUAAACUUUAUUCAUCUGAAGAAGCUUUUACUGCCGAUACAGACAAGAUUCGUCGUGGUGAUAUCGUUGGAAUUGAUGGAUAUCCUGGAAAAACUAAGAAGGGAGAAUUAUCAGUCAUACCAAGAAAUAUUAAACUUUUAUCUCCAUGUCUUCAUAUGCUGCCUCAUUUACAUUUUGGCUUAAAGGAUAAGGAAACUCGCUUUCGUCAACGCUAUUUAGACUUGAUUAUCAACAGUAGAGUUCGUGAAAUUUUCCAAGUUCGUUCAAAAAUUAUAUCCUAUAUUCGACAAUUCUUUGAUAAAAUGGGCUUUUUGGAAGUUGAAACUCCAAUGAUGAAUAUGAUACCAGGAGGAGCAACAGCAAAACCUUUUGUGACACAUCACAAUGACCUUAAUAUGGAUUUAUAUAUGCGUAUUGCUCCCGAAUUAUACCUAAAGAUGUUGGUUGUUGGAGGACUCGAUCGUGUUUAUGAAAUUGGUCGGCUUUUCAGAAAUGAAGGCAUUGAUUUGACACAUAAUCCUGAAUUUACAACAUGUGAAUUUUAUAUGGCUUAUGCUGAUUAUAGUGACUUAAUUGAAAUUACAGAAAAACUUUUGUCUGGAAUGGUCAAGUCAAUUCAUGGAUCAUAUAAAAUUAAAUAUCAUCCAAAUGGUGAGGAUGGCGAGGAAGUAGAAGUUGAUUUUACUCCACCAUUCAGGAGAAUCCCAAUGUUGAAGACUCUCGAAUCAAUUUUGAAAGUCAAAUUUCCACCAGCAACAGAACUUCAUACAAAAGAAACUAAUGAUUUCUUUAAUCAACUCUGUAUUAAACAUCAAGUCGAAUGUCCAUCACCUAGGACUACAGCUCGUUUAUUAGAUAAAUUAGUUGGUGAAUUUUUAGAAGAAGAUUGCAUUAAUCCAACAUUCAUCACUGAUCAUCCACAAUUGAUGUCGCCAUUGGCUAAAUAUCAUCGUACUGAACCUGGCUUAACAGAACGCUUUGAAUUGUUUGUUAUGAAAAAGGAAGUAUGUAAUGCUUACACUGAAUUGAAUGAUCCAUUUGUCCAACGUGAACGAUUUACACAGCAAGCAUCUGACAAGGCUGCUGGUGACGAUGAAGCUCAACUUGUUGAUGAGAAUUUCUGUAUGAGUUUAGAGUAUGGAUUGCCACCAACUGGAGGUUGGGGUUUAGGAAUCGAUCGUCUAACCAUGUUCCUUACUGAUAACAAUAAUAUCAAAGAAGUUUUGUUAUUCCCAGCUAUGAAGCCAGAUUUAGGAAUUUCAUCUGAAGAAAAGGAAGCUGAAAAGGAUGAAACGACAAAGAAAUAAGCGAAACAAUUUAGUUAUUGCUGUUCUGAAUUAUUGAAUAAAAUGAAAUAAAGCAUUUCACUGAAAUUUCUCUUCC